CCCCAGUGUCACUGUCACCGCUGUCACUGUCACCGCUGCCACCACCAUGACGUUCGUGCCCCCGCCCGGGUACAUGCCCGCCUACAACCCGCCCCUGCCCUACGUGGCCCCCGUGAUGGGGGGGCUCUGGCCCGGGAUGGCCAUUUACAUCCAGGGGGUGGUGGCCCCACAGCCUGACUGGCUCCGUGUGAACCUGUCCACGGGCCCCGAUGACAGCUCGGACCUGGCUGGGGGGGGACACUGGGGUGACACAGGGGGGCCCUUCCCUGUCCCCAGGCUCCGUGUGAACCUGUCCACGGGCCCCGAUGACGGCUCGGACCUGGCGCUGCACCUGAACCCGCGCUUCCAGCAGGGGGUCACGGUGUUCAACAGCCGCAGGCACGGGCGCUGGGAGGACGAGAAGCGCCGCGAGCUGCACCCGCUCUGCCCGGGGGCGCCCUUCGAGAUGGUCAUCAGUGUCACCCCCGAGGGCUACCGGGUACGGGGAAUGGGCUACCGGGGGGCCCUCCCCAGGUUCCAAAUCAACCUGCGGGCGGGCCCGGGGGGGGACGUGGUUCUGCACGUGAGCCCCCGCAUGGACGAGGGGGGACAGGUGGUCCGGAACUGCUUUUUGGGGGGCUCCUGGGGCCACGAGGAGAGAGACCUCGCCUGCUGCAGCCCCUUCCAGCCCGGCCGCUACUUCGAUCUGUCCAUCCGCUGUGGGAACCAUCGGUUCAAGGUGUUUGCUGAGGGGCAGCCGCUCUUUGAUUUCCACCACCGGGUGCCGGCCGGGCCCCACGUGGAUGUGCUGGAGAUCGAGGGUGAUGUCGUGCUGUCCUACGUCCAUUUCUGAGCCACCAGUGCCCAUUAACUGCCCAGUGACCACCCAGUGACCGCCCCGGAGCUGACCCCUCAGCUGUCCCCAACUGUCCCCAAAAUGUCCCCAAAUGUCCUCUCCCAACACUGACCUCAAUAAAUGUUCCCGCUCCAGCUCUGA